GGGGGCGCGCGCGCAGCGAAACCGCCGUUCUCUUGCGCCCUCGCUCCCGCCCGCGCCUGCCCUUCGCUGACCCUGGCGGAAUGUUAAUCCGCCAGCGCCCGGAGAAAGCUUUGACAGCGGCCAAUCCACCUCGCCCCCGAAGCCCCGCCCCUCUUGCUGUCGUAGCGCGCAUGGGCAGGAAGGGCGCCUUGGCAGAGAUCGCAGCGGCGACGCAAUGGCUACGUCCUCGUGCCACCCACCGCCGGUGCAGCCUGUCACUCACCUGAUCUUUGACAUGGACGGUCUGCUUCUGGAUACUGAACAUCUUUACACUGUUGUGUUCCAAGAAAUCUGCAGUCGCUUUGGAAAAACCUAUACCUGGGAUGUGAAAUCCUUAGCAAUGGGCAAAAAAGCAUUGGAAGGAGCAGAAGUCAUUCGAGAUGCCCUAGACCUUCCGAUAACCAAAGAAGAGCUGUUACAUGAAAGUAAAAUUAUGCAAGAAAAAUUGUUUCCUACAGCUACAUUGAUGCCAGGAGUUGAAAAACUAAUCCACCAUCUACAUAAACAUAAGAUUCCCAUAGCUGUUGCUACUAGUUCAUCUCGAGUGACAUUUGAAAUGAAAACAAGUCGACACAAAGACUUCUUUGGCUUAUUUCAUCAUAUUGUCUUGGGAGAUGACCCUGAAGUAAAGGAUGGCAAGCCACAGCCUGAUGUGUUUUUAGUUUGUGCAAAAAGGUUUGAUCCUCCUCCACGUCCAGAAAAAUGAUAAAUUAUCAUUAUCUAAGAUAAUUCAGUACCAAAGGAGCCAUCAAUAUCGAUCAUUGUGUGUGUGUAUCUGUAUGUUCUCAUGACUGUAUAUUAUUUAUGUAAGUAAAGUCUUCAAGAUAGCUUUCACUAUAUUAGUAUAUAAUUAACAUAUGAAUAUAUUAAAUCCAUUAAAUUAAUCUGCCAUCAAAGAAGAAAUCAGCUUCAAGAACCUUAUUAGAAAAAAGCUUUAAAAUGAAAAACAGGGAGGAGAGAAUAAAUUUAGCAACAGAAUUAAUUAUCUAUUAUUGACUAUAUUAUUUGCACUUUAGGUAAUAAUUUUUUUCCUGUGCCUUUUUUCCUAGCAUUGAUAUUAAGGAACCGAAAGAUAUGGCAGCUUAUAGUAACACUCUUCAUUCAUGGCCUUGCCACAAAUUUGGGGUUUCUUUAAAUACCUGUGUAAACUUGGAAUUGCAACAAUUGCUUUA